ACCAACGAAACCUUCUUUAACUCAAGCGGGCAUGAACGUUGAAAAAUAUAAAGUGAGACCCAGGACUUGGACAGUUGGACUUAUGUCUUGCCCUUCUUCUGCAUAACUUUGCCACCCUUUGCUCUGCGGCUGUGUUUGAGAUACAAGAAGAAUCAAGCAAGGCAUAAUAAUAAUAAUAAUAAUAAAAUAAAAGGAAAUGGAGAAGGGAAAGAGACAUGUGGUUGUCUCAGCUUUGCAAUUCGCUUGCACCGAUGAUAUCCCCACCAAUCUCGCCAGUGCCGAAAGGCUGGUUAGGGCUGCUCAUGAGAAGGGAGCGAAUAUCAUUCUUAUUCAGGAACUAUUUGAGGGUUAUUACUUUUGUCAAGCACAAAGGGAGGAUUUCUUUCAGCGAGCUAAGCCUUAUAAGGAUCACCCUACCAUUCAGAGGAUGCAGAAACUUGCGAAAGAGUUGGGUGUGGUGAUACCAGUUAGCUUUUUUGAAGAGGCAAACAAUGCCCAUUACAAUUCUGUAGCUAUCAUUGAUGCUGAUGGGACUGAUCUUGGACUCUACAGGAAAUCUCAUAUCCCUGAUGGACCAGGUCUGUGGAAAAGAUACCAGGAAAAGUUCUACUUUAAUCCUGGAGACACAGGUUUUAAGGUUUUCCAGACUAAAUUUGCAAAGAUUGGAGUUGGAAUAUGUUGGGAUCAGUGGUUUCCAGAGGCAGCCCGUGCUAUGGUUUUGCAAGGUGCUGAGAUAUUGUUUUACCCUACGGCUAUUGGCUCUGAACCACAAGAUGAAGGACUUGAUUCUUGUGAUCAUUGGCAGCGAGUGAUGCAAGGGCAUGCUGGGGCGAAUGUGGUACCCCUUGUGGCCUCUAACCGCAUUGGGAAGGAAAUGAUUGAAACAGAGCAUGGGAAUAGUGAGAUUACAUUCUAUGGGAAUUCCUUCAUAGCAGGACCAACGGGGGAAAUUGUUGCAGCUGCUAAUGACAAAGAGGAAGCUGUUCUCAUUGCACAUUUUGAUCUUGGUAAAAUCAAAUCCAAGAGAAGUAGCUGGGGAGUAUUUCGUGAUCGACGUCCAGAUUUGUACAAGGUGCUUCUGACAUCAGAUGGCAGCAAACCAUCAUCAAUUCAUUAGCCCCUUCUCUUAUCAACUAUGUUGUUGUGGAGAAUAAUCACUGAGUUCCUUUCACUGCCGUGUCUUAUUGUCCAAGAGUAAAAAGAACAAGAUGACUUUCAUAAGUAUGAAAUAAAGAACGUCAGUAAGUAUGACCAAAAUGUUUGGGGUUCAUA